AUUGGAUGAACGAGACGCGUCACUUAUUGCUAAACGCGGAAGUUGUUGUGUGGACACGGAACAAUGAACCUUGCUAAUCUGUCUGUGUUAUGAUACCUACUUUUCUCACGUCCAGUCGCGUAAUUACACAGGUCGCACUGAGGUAUCGACAUGGAGGUGCCUUGCUACCUGCCCAAACUGCUCUUCGAGCUCAAUGAGCAGCGUAAACGGGACUUCUUCUGUGACUGCAGCAUCCUCGUCGAAGGUCGUGUCUUCAAGGCUCAUCGUAAUGUGUUGUUUGCUGGGAGCGGCUAUUUCCGGGCUCUUCUGGUCCACUAUCUGCAGGAUAGUGGACAGCGCUACAGCACAGCAUCGCUGGACAUUGUGACAGCCGAUGCCUUCUCGAUUAUCCUGGACUACCUUUACUCCGGCCGCUUGGCCCUGAACAGAAGCAACGUCAUCGAGGUGAUGUCAGCAGGCAGCUACCUGCAGAUGACUGACCUGGUAAACUUCUGUAAGGGAUACAUCCGCUCAUCUUUGGAAAUAUGCAACAAGGACAAGGAGAGGAACACAGAGAAGGAGAACCAGUCACAGGAUGGAGGGAUGGGUCCUGCAGACAGCGGCACUCCUGCCGCAACAACCUCCAGUGGUGCCGGGGCUGUCGAGACUCAUUCACAGGCUGCAGAGGCAGAUAGAGGGUCGGGUUUAGGUCCGGAGUCUGUGACCUCGGCUAGGACCCCCUUGUCCAUCCCUGUCACCACGACUCCGGGCACCAGCAGAGACAUGGACAGCGACUACCAUUCCAGGGAGGAGUUUGCAUCUGGGAGUGAAGGACAGAAGGGACACAUGGAUCAGGCUAACCUCUCAUCCUCUUCAUCAUCUGCUUUGACCCCUGAGUUAGUGCACCCCAAGAUAGAGUACGACCCCGACGAGGAGCUUAUGGAGUCCCCUGACAGCAAAGACCUGGUCUCAUAUCCUGGGCCCUCUCUCCAUAACCCUCAUCACAGCAGGCUACUUCCUCCCUCUCCCUCCAAUGAGCGCUCUCCCAUGGGAUACAGCCCUUCCUUUAAUGCCAGGCAGCUAAUGGAGAUGCUGGCCCGAGGUGAAGGCCCCAGUCCUCUGGGGGACAGAGUGGGGCAGCGCUUUACACAAGGACUGGGUAGCAGCACAGGAGGAGGCAGAAUGGAUGAAAGUUUAGGGUUUGUGGGAUCAUCUAUCAUGGAGAUUCAGUCUGAUUGGCUUGGAGAGGACACAGGUGAUGGUUUGGUAGUGCCAGUGAAACUCCACAAGUGCCCGUUCUGUCCGUACACUGCCAAGCAGAAGGGGAUCAUGAAGAGACACAUCCGCUGCCACACAGGAGAGAGGCCCUUCCCCUGUCCCAUGUGUGGCAAGAGGUUCACAAGACAGGAGCACCUUCGCAGCCAUGCCCUCAGUGUCCAUAGGCACUACUGGCCGGUAUCAUGUAAGAGCUGCAGGCGAACCUUCGCUGGAUCCAGUGUUUCGCCGGGACUCCGACGCUUCGGCAUCUGCGACAGCUGCAACUGCGUGACCACCACUCAUGAUGAUUCCGCAUCGGUUCACCCCGCCAGCCAGCAAGAGCCCAUGGAGCGUGCAGAUGGGGGCACGGAUUGGUCCAGUUUUAUGGACGAUGUAGACGAGGUGGAGGUUGGCAGAGUGGAGGACUUGGUAGAGAAACAGAUGCUUGAAAGGCAGCUGGCUGUCUGCACCGAUAACACAGUGACUCUGUAGGAGAAGAAAACCAUUCCUUGAACUGUUCUACUGUUCAGUUAACUGUGGCCAUACUUAUUGAUGUUAAAUUAUUACUGCAAGAUGGCCUUAUUUAUUGACUCAUUUGUAAUCGGAAAAUGUGUCUUUUUGACUGUUGGAGAUGUUAUGCUCCAGUGAUUUGCAAAUAGAUUUAGUGUUUUAAAAUGUUUUUAAAACAUAAAUUAAUUUAUUUUUAUUUCUUUGCACAGUUGCUCAAAUCCAAAUUUCUCUGUAUGUGCUGCAUUUAAAGAGAACAUCAACUUUACAGAUGAUAAAGUAGCCUGUUGCAUGUUUUAUUUUGUCCAAAAAGACUGCAGUUCACAGAUUACGCUUUGUGGUUGUAAUGGGACCAUUGUUGUAAUAAAUGUGUUGUGUAAUUGUUGACAUAUUUCAUAUUUUAUCACACUUUUUAUGUGCUUUUCUACAUGUAAAUAAUUUGUUUUUAUCUUGUGUGACAUAUGUACAUUUCCCUGCUGCUUGCCAAGGAUUUGCAUCAGGUGACCAAACUGCAGUAUUGAUACGAAAGGUGCCCUUUGGCGCCCUCUAGUGGCUCAGCCCCUACCAGAGAAAAAUGAUUCAGUGUGUAGAAAUCUGUGCCACAAAUCAUUGAAAUCAAAUGCAAAUGACUACUUAUCAAUGUAUAAAGAUACCAAUUAAAAUGCCUUUUCCCCUG